GUGUGUAGACAGAAAAAUGGCGCUGGUGAUGAGCUGAUGUGGGAUGGGCGUCCUGUUAAAUGAGAGUAGAUCUUUUUUUUCACGAUAGCGAUAAUGAAUGGUGAUAUCACGUCAAACGAACAUGGCGAUCUUUCAAUUUUGAAGUGACAAUUAUUAUCAAAGGUGUAUUUCUCACUUUGUUCUCGUUCGUUCCCCGUACCAUUCUGUUUAGUUACAAUUUAGUGUCGGUCGGAAGUGCUGAAUAAGAUAAUUCCGCGAUAUCUGUAUGUUGGGGUGCGUGUUGUGCCUCUUGAACAAUAACAACGGAAUAUAAAUCUCAACACCACGAUUAAACGGCAUCAAUCUUCGCCUCGAGGGCUGUUUGUAAGAAAAUGGCCCGCGAAUAUGAUCACUUGUUCAAGCUGCUGAUCAUCGGAGAUAGUGGUGUUGGAAAGAGUUCCUUGCUGUUGCGGUUCGCUGACAACACCUUUUCCGGCAGUUAUAUUACGACGAUAGGAGUGGAUUUUAAAAUUCGGACUGUAGAGGUUGACGGGGAAAGAGUGAAGCUACAAAUAUGGGACACUGCAGGUCAAGAACGAUUUCGAACGAUAACAUCUACCUACUACAGAGGAACACACGGAGUAAUAGUAGUGUAUGAUGUAACGAGCGGGGAUUCCUUUGCAAAUGUAAAAAGAUGGCUCCAUGAAAUCGAACAUAACUGCGAUGUGGUAAACAGGGUAUUAGUAGGCAACAAAAAUGAUGCCCCACACCGCAAAGUUGUCCUUACAGAAGAUGCUCAGAGAUUUGCCAAUCAAAUGGGAAUUCAAUUAUUUGAAACAUCUGCAAAAGACAAUAUCAAUGUCGAAGAGAUGUUUAUGGCUAUAACACGCCAAGUGUUAAGAACCAAAAAGGAAAGGAAGGAACGUCAAGCUAUACAAACUAAGGAGACCGUAAACUUGAGCAAAAGUACUAAGCAGCAUAGACGCAAAUGUUGUUAGCAAUAAUAUACAUACCCAUAUAUAUAUAUAUAUAUAUAUAUGCAAAUAUAUAUAAAUAUAUGUAUAUAUAUAUACACA